AGGCAGGCUGCUUCCCUCCCCUCCAGCCGCCCUGUGAUAUGCCAACCACAGGGUGACGCAAAGGCUGGCAGACUCCAGCUCCACAAGCCAUUUGCACCUGCGUAAGAGGCGCAAGCGGAGCUCCUCGCGCUGCAGCCGCCCCGAGAGAGGCUCCCCGCGGCCGCCGCCCUUUCUCCCUCCUGCCGCCGCCGCCUCCUCCUUUCCUCGCCCAUCCUCCGACCCACGGAGAGAGCCCAGCUGGGAUGUCUUCCCCGCCGGGUCGCCCCAGCUCCUCCGGGGAGCACUGGGUUGGCGACGGCGCCGAGGACGAGAGCGCGGCCGCCGGAGCUCCGGCGAGGCGCGGCGAUGGCGAAGGCGCAGGGGCAGCGGCGUUCGGCUUCUCCAAGGAACCCCCGCCCGUUUCCAUGGCGACUGCAUCCACAGGAGGCAUAGCGGCUUCUCACUUCUAUGAUUACAGUUCUUCCAAGACAUCAGAAAGGGGCAAUGGCUCCUUUUACACUUCCCUGAUUUCUGAUGACUUCUAUGCAUCUCAGGAUUCCUCUUACUUCACCGGCAACCUGCCCAAAGCAGGAAGCCAGGUUACGACUUCAGACAGCAUGGAAGGAUUUCACACCCAGGAUGGGACUGUGUUCGAGUCCCGUGGCCUGUUUAGCUCCGAUUCGGGGAUAGAGAUGACCCCGGCAGAAUCCAGCGACGUCACCAAAACCUUUGCUGAUCCCAUGGAGCAGAUGAAGUCGGACGCUUAUAAAUACAUGGACAUCAGUCGAUCGGAAGAGAUCAAAUGUCAAGAGAGGUGUGACACAGGCUUGGGAGAUGUGGGGCCUCCGAGCUUGAAUAAUAAACACCUGGAGGAUAUUGCUGGACCUAAAGGGACAGUUUCUGAGGGGAAACCUGGGGCCAAAGAGCCAGGCUUAUUUGAGGGGUCAACUUUUCCAUCUGAGACGUUUGGCGACCAGCAACCCCACCCCACGGUAACAGCGCCCGUCAAGAUUACUCUGACUGAGAUAGAAACCUUAGAGGGGCCUGCUGCAAAGGAGAAAACCCCAGAAAAGCAAGAGGCAGGCCUCAAACCAAGCCACGAAGUGGUUCCCACAGUGACGGUGUCCGAGCCAGAAGAUGAUAGCCCAGGCUCUAUUACACCACCUUCUUCAGGGACAGAAGCUUCUGGCACAGAGGCCCAAGGUAAGGGAAGCCUGUCUGAAGACGAGCUUAUCAGUGCCAUUAAAGAAGCAAAGGGCUUUUCCCAUGAACACCCAGAAGGCCAGAGGUCUCCAGCUGUUGCGCCAGACAAGCAAGGUCCCAAAAAGAAGUUUUCGGAAUUUGGAGCCGGCGGACCUCCUGGAGACAACGAAGGGAGCAGCGCCGAGUCUGGCGACUCCGAGAUAGAGCUGGUCUCAGAAGACCCGCUGGCCGCUGAGGACGUCCUCCACUCUAAUUACAUGACCUUCAGCCAUGCCGGGGGCCCUCCUCCCUCCCCAGCUUCUCCUUCAAUACAGUACAGCAUCCUGAGAGAGGAGCGCGAGGCCGAACUGGACAGCGAGCUCAUCAUCGAGUCGUGCGACGCCUCGUCGGCCUCUGAGGAGAGCCCGAAGCGGGAGCACGACUCGCCCCUGAUGAAGCCCGUCAUUAUGGACAUCAUCCAAGAAGAGAGCCACUCCAGGAACGAGAACAGCAGGGCUUUAAAUUACAACGUAAGCAGCUCGAAGGAGAGCAGGAUGAACAGGGAGAAUCUCGCGGACUCUGCCGCCUACCUGAAGUGCUCCUUCACCUCGCCCAAAGCGAACCCUGACCCAAUGCCUGCUUCGGCUGCUGGCGCCGAAGAGACAAAGGACAAAGUAGCAGAGAAGAAAUCGGCCGAGGCGGCAGCAGCCGUUGCCGCAAACAAACCAUCAUCCAAAGACCCGGCGGCAAGGAGUCCCUGGCCUUCCCCACCGCUCCCGUUCCUAAAUAAGCAGAAAGCUAUUGACCUGUUAUACUGGCGUGACAUCAAGCAGACAGGCAUCAUGUUUGGGAGUGUCCUGCUGUUGCUCUUCUCCCUGACCCAGUUCAGUGUCGUCAGCGUGAUUGCCUACCUGGCCCUAGCGGCUCUCUCCGCCACCAUCAGCUUCAGAAUCUACAAGUCAGUCCUACAGGCUGUGCAGAAAACCGAUGAAGGCCACCCAUUCAAAAGCUACUUGGAAAUGGAAAUGUCGCUCUCCCAGGAACAGAUUCAGAAAUACACAGAUUGCCUCCAGUCGUACGUGAACAGCACAGUCAAAGAACUCAGGCGGCUUUUCCUGGUCCAGGACCUGGUGGAUUCCUUAAAAUUUGCAGUACUAAUGUGGCUAUUGACUUACGUUGGAGCCCUCUUCAAUGGGCUAACUCUUCUGAUAAUGGCUGUGGUCUCAAUGUUUACUCUACCUGUCGUAUACGACAAGUACCAGGCACAGAUUGACCAAUACUUGGGGCUUGUGAGGACCCACAUAAAUACCAUCGUGGCAAAGAUCCAAGCAAAAAUCCCAGGCGCAAAGAGGAAGGCUGAGUAGAAACAGCAGCAAGAAUUCCUCACCUACAGGCGUGAAUGAUGAGGGAGUCUGGGAUGAAAACAGCUCUGUUCUUACUUUUUACUUAUAAUUUAUUGUUCGUCUCUUUCUCUCUCUUUCUCUCUCUCUCUGGGUGAAGGCAGACAUAAAAUAGAAAGAUUGCAUACAGAGUGUCCCUCAGCUGCAGUGCGAGUGAAUUGGCUGUCUGUCUCUCCUGCCCCAGCCUGUUGCUUCAGGUUGGCUGUCCAGCUUUUUCUUUUUAAAAAUAAAAACGAGAACUUCACUUGAAUUUUCAGGCACUUUUGGGUUGUUGUUGUUUUUUAAGUGCAGAAGUACUCCGGGGAUGGGGAGGGACGAGUGUCUGGGUGACGUCAUAGGGAGCCAGCCAAUCGGCACUGUCCACAGCCAACUCCCGCUUCAGAAUUGCAGAACUCUAUUCCACCCAGAGCUCGACCCUGGAAAGGAAAGGGACGUUUGGACUAAACGCAGCUGAGGUGCCCGUCGGAGGGCUCUAAACAUGGUACAUCUGCCUUCACCCCUCUCUCUCUUUCAAACACCAUGAUCUCAGAGAUGUGAAACAACGAAGCAGCUGUUUUUUUCUCCUCUCCUGCUGUUUCUCUUCUCUCUUAGACUAUUUGCAAUCACGUGUGUCAAGCACUAAAGUAUAGUAAAGAGAAAAAGUGUUCUAAGUGUGGUUCUUGUGUUGCUUCUCAAGUGCAUGAUGGUGAGAGCCUAAAAAUACUAUUGAACUUUCUAUUUUUUAUUUCCUAGUGCUUCUCUUACUACUUCUUCUUCUUCCUCCUCCUCCUCCUAUUGGCAUUGCUUCGAUAACUUUUAAUGUUACAUGUCGCUAGGGCUUUCCUGCUUAGUGCACUGAUGCGGUUUUGCUUCUAUGUCCACUGGGUUUGCUGGUUGAGUUUAUCUUUACUAACUUAUCUAGAAUCGUAGACAGACGUCCUUAAGUGUUGUUGUGUUUUUUCCAGCACAAGUAAUGAAAAACGAAAGAGAAACCGGUAAUGAUAUGGUAUAAGCCGUUUUGUAUAACUCUCUAAAAGGAAAAAAAAAGAAGAA